AAUGUUCUUAGUUGAGCAUGAUGAUGAAAUAUUUGGUGCUGGUGCUUAUGAAGGUCGUGAUAAAACUUCAAAAGAUCCCUACUGGAAAAAGAUUUGUCUGCCAAUGAAAUUGUAUAAUAUCCAGAAAUUUAGACUAAUAUUUAAAUAUGUUAGAGGAUAUGAUGAAAGAAUUAAUGUUGGUAUUGACAAUAUAACUGUAGUGAGCAACUGCAAUUAUGAUAUUAGUUUGUCAGAAUAUAAUUCAAACCCUACUUUUUAUCAACAUAAUGAUUGGAGGGCUGUUGUAAAGACUCAAGAUACAACUCCAUUUACAUUUGUGAGAUAUUCUUCGGAAGUUAUUGGAGUUGGCGGUGUAUAUCUAACAAAAAUACCUUUUCCAACAACAAUUACCUCAUUCAGAGCUGCAAUAUAUGAAACAGAAAAAAAUUGUAUAAGUUUCAAAGUAAUAAUAAGAACAUUGGAUGGACAAUCUAAUGCAAUAUCACCAGAUAUAGAUCUAUACAUUAGGGGAAAAAAGCAAGUUUUUAGAAAUCCUUAUGUACAAAUUAGAAUUAGGACUCAAUGUAGAAAGGAAAUAAUAAAGCACUAUACUAAUGUUGAUGUUCCUUUCUAUUAUGUCCAACUGAUUGCAAGUGUAAAACAAAUAGGCCAUGUAAAAUUAUUGAAACUAUAUGAUUUUCAUAUGUCUACAUAUUCUAAAUGUCCAGUUGAGUCAGUUAAAUCCAGUCCACCACUUAUUGGCCUAAAUCAUCCAUCUUGUGGUAAGACGGACAACACUGAAAUCAUUUGGGAGAAGGAUAAUAUAACACUUACUAAUAAUUUCCCUUGGCUUGUAACAAUUUCAGUUUCUUAUAACCGUUGUGCAGGAAUACUGAUUCAUGAGAGAUUUGUUCUUUCAUCUGCUACAUGUGUGAAAAAAUUUCGCCAAAAGGAAUUGAAAGUAUUUUAUGGUCCAGAAAGGAGUAGUGGGAAAAGCAUUGGUAUUGUGAUAAAAACAUCUAUUCAUCCAAAAUAUGAGAAAAAUCCUGCAGAUUAUGAUAUUGCAUUACUGAAAUUGGAAAUAAGACAUUAUAGUACAACUUAUGGAGAGAAUCUUUAUAUGCUUUUCCCAAAGAAAAUGGAAAUUGUCAAUCCAAACAAUUGUAGUCCUGCACUUAAGAUUAAACCUCCAAACACUUUAUGUGGUGAAGGCGUUUUGAGCAAGAAUGACCAAACUGCUGGUACUCCGCUAAACUGUAAUAUCAAUUCAAGACCAACUGUUACUGCUUUUACCUCCUCUCCUGAAAAUUGUAAAGCUGAGAACACGGCUCUUACACAGAUUGGACCUAAUUUUCAAUGGAUAAAAGAGACUGUAGAAAGAGAUCAGCACUGUGUAGACUGA